UCCUUGAUUUUAAGCUAACGUUUAUCUAGCCGUUUUUUUGGUCAAUGGCAUGGUGCUAUUAGCUGCCGCUUAAACAGGGUCUGCGCGACAAAAUCCGAACAUUUAAAGGGCAUUUGGAUAUGUACUGGAAAUAUAUGACUAAUGUGGAUUUCUGAAGUACAUGCUAGGCAUCAUUACAGCAACAAUUCUGCCCCAGGCCUCCUGUUUUUGAGGUUGCAAUUUCUGCCCCAAGGUUAGCAAGGUAGCAGGCUAACGAUAGCAGAUUAACGGUAAACUGUUUGAGCUAACCUUUACUCGGUUUAGAUUCAGAUUUACGGCGUCUUGAAUUGAGAUACGUUAUUAGAAAUCGAAUAGAAUAGAGGAUUAGCAUGGCCGAAGCCGAUAAGUUGAACAUCGACUCCAUUAUACAGCGUCUGCUGGAAGUGAAAGGCUCCAGGCCUGGCAAAAAUGUUCAACUGACAGAGAAUGAAAUCCGUGGUCUCUGCCUCAAAUCCCGGGAGAUCUUUCUUAGCCAGCCAAUCCUCCUGGAACUUGAGGCACCCCUAAAGAUUUGUGGUGAUGUUCAUGGGCAGUACUACGAUCUGCUGAGGCUGUUUGAAUAUGGAGGCUUUCCACCAGAGAGCAACUACCUGUUCCUGGGAGACUAUGUAGACAGAGGCAAGCAGUCCCUGGAGACCAUCUGCCUGUUGCUGGCUUACAAGAUCAAAUACCCAGAAAACUUCUUUCUGCUGAGAGGAAAUCACGAGUGCGCCUCCAUCAACAGAAUAUAUGGCUUCUACGAUGAGUGUAAGAGGCGAUACAACAUAAAGCUGUGGAAGACCUUCACCGACUGCUUCAACUGUUUACCUGUGGCAGCCAUUGUUGACGAGAAGAUCUUCUGUUGCCAUGGAGGCCUCUCUCCAGACCUGCAGUCCAUGGAGCAGGUGCGAAGGGUCAUGCGUCCCACUGAUGUACCCGACCAGGGCCUCCUGUGCGACCUGCUGUGGGCCGACCCAGACAAGGACGUGCUGGGCUGGGGCGAGAACGACCGCGGUGUCUCCUUUACGUUUGGUGCUGAUGUCGUCACAAAGUUCCUCCACAAACACGACAUGGACCUCAUUUGUCGGGCCCAUCAGGUGGUUGAAGACGGAUACGAGUUCUUUGCAAAGAGGCAGCUGGUGACGCUGUUCUCAGCCCCUAACUACUGCGGCGAGUUUGACAAUGCCGGCGCCAUGAUGAGCGUGGAUGAAACCCUCAUGUGCUCAUUCCAGAUUCUCAAACCUGCAGACAAGAAGCUGUUCUAUGGAGGUGGAGGAGGUAUGGGCUCUGGCCGUCCAGUCACUCCUCCAAGGAAAGCUAAGAAAUGACAGCAGUCGCCUGCCCUCGGAUCUCUGACCCAUCCCUCCUGCCCUCUCUACCUCUCUUCUCCUUUCUUUCACCAAACAGCCAGAAAUCAAACCUAUUACCCAGGGCUUUUGUUCCUUUUUUAUCUGUACUUCUUAAAACAUGUAAUGUUAUGAAUUGUCUGUUUGAGUGAGUGCGUGAGCAGACGACGUAUGCGUCUUCUGCCCGGGGAGCAUUAAAAAUCAUGUGUGCACGUGUACAUCUUGUGUGAGAGUAUUAGAGAUUUAUACUUUCCCCUCUCUCUUACCACUCUUCCCGUGAAAAGGUCGAACCACAGUGUCUGUCUGUACAGUAACUGACUGAAAAAGCAGGGUUUGGGAGACUUGGUGGAUAUGAAGCAGCAGCAAACCCUGCCAGUAGGUAAUGUGUGUACUUGUAGGGGGAGGGGGGGGUAUUUUUUUUUCCCCUGUCCUCUGUACUGUAAAAUCUCAAACACAGGUAUGUGUGUGUGCGUGUGUGUGUGUGUGCGGGCGGCUGUGAUGUCUCCGUACCCUCGGACAGGGAAGAGUGUGUCACCUCGUCUCAGAGGAGUAGGCACAUGCUUACUCGCUCAUUUGCAUGCACACGGACGCACGCACGCACUCACACGCGCGCGCACACAAACACACACACACACACGACUUAAGAUUCAUAUGAGCCAGAGCUGUAAAAACCCCAUACAGUUUAGGUUUGUACAGAUUUGAUUACUUGAAAGAGAUUUUUUGUGAAUUCGUUUUGUAGUCUUUCAUCAAGUUGACCAAUAAAGCAAGAAUCUGAGCUA